AUGGUGAUAAGAGGUACAGUGAUAAGAGGUAGUGAUAAGAGGUACAGUGAUAAGAGGUACAGUGAUAAGAGGUACAGUGAUAAGAGGUACAGUGAUAAGAGGUGCAGUAAUGGUAAGGGACGAAAGGGGCGUGGCCAUGCGGGCGUGGCGGAGGCGGGGCGAAAAGGGCGUGGUCAAGCAAGCGUAUUAGGGGCGGGGCGACGAAGGCGUGGCCUGUAG